CGGAGGAAAAUCUCGAUCGAGUACAUCGAGGAGAAGAGCAAGCGGCACAUCACGUUCUCGAAGCGCAAGGCCGGCAUCAUGAAGAAGGCAUACGAGCUGUCGACGCUCACGGGCACGCAGGUCCUGCUCCUCGUCGUCAGCGAGUCGGGCUGGGUCUACACGUUCACGACCGACAAGUUCAAGCCGCUCGUCAAGGAGGACGAGAACGGCCAGCUCUCGGCCGGGCAGAAGCUCAUCGCGGCGUGCUUGGUCCGUCCU